AUGCAGCACUACGGCUACCAUAGUGCUCAUGGCGCAUCUCAACUCUGGCGCGCACCUUACCGACAACCGUCAAUUCUGGGGUCCGCUCCAAAUACAUCGGGCCACCCAUCCACUCCAGCGGCUCAAGCAUACUUUACUGGACCACCUGAACCCUACACCGGCCACUCGGCCCCUACUCAGGUUCAUCCGCUCCAGCAGCCAUGCCACAACUCUAACAGUUCCAUCAACAAUUGCAACAGUUCCAACGUAGUGGAUCUCGCAAACCGUUUGAAUACGGUGACACUUCAGCAGCCUACCGAGUCACAGUGGUUCAUGGACAGCGGGGCGACCUCUCAUAUGGCACCACACUCAGGCUAUCGUUGCCUUGAUAGAUCCACUGGCCGAAUCAUAAUUUUUCGUCAUGUUUCCUUCGACGAAACUCACUUUCCUUUUGCUGAGUCAACUGCCCCCAUAAACACACUUCCUACCUCUGCCUUGGACGAAAACACACCCUCCAUGUUCCUCAUCCCUCAGACUUCGUCUAACUGUUGCAACAGUUCAUCCAACUGUUUCAAUAGUGAACCACCCUGUUCUAGCAGAUCGUCCAACCGUCCUAUAACACAGCCAACACCUGUUCCACCUGCAGCACCACCUCUCGACCACGACCAGCUCACAAGCCCUUCUCCUACUCCCACAUCUCCUUCUCCUACUCCCCCACCUCUUCCUGCUCACCCUAUGAAACUCAAGUCUGAUGGCUCCCUUGAGCGAUACAAAGCACGGUGGGUUGUUCGCGGUUUUCACCAGCAGGCUGGCAUCGAUUUUGACGAGACCUUUAGCCCAGUUGUCAAACCUGCCACUCAACCUCCCGGAUUUGUCGAUCCAUCUCGCCCCACUCACGUGUGUCGUCUCAACAAAGCACUCUACGGUCUCAAGCAGGCACCACGUGCUUGGUAUAAGCGUUUUGCCUCUCACAUUACUACCAUGGGGUUCAGAGAAUGCAAGUUCGACACUUCACUUUUUGUGUAUUGUCGCAACAGUUCACGCGACUGUCGCAACAGUUCAUGCUCCUAUCCUCUGCUGUAUGUCGAUGACAUUGUGCUCACGGCAUCCACACCUGAAUUGCUCCACUCUAUCAUCACCGCCCUUAAUAAAGAGUUCGCAAUGAAGGAUCUUGGUGAUCUUCACUACUUUCUCGGCAUCUCAGUUACUCGUUCGUCGAAUGGGCUAUUUCUCUCUCAACGCAAGUACGCCGACGAGAUACUAGAGCGUGCGUACAUGGCUUCCUGCAACCCUUGUCUUAAGCCGGCUGACACAAAUGUUAGAGCACUUUAG